AUGUCAUUAUUUGACAAUAAUCAGAACAAUCAAAAUAAUAAUAAUAAUAACAGUAGAAAUGUAAAUGGUAAUAGUACACACAAUCCAUUGAAUUGGGAGAUUGUAAUAGUAAUCAACAAACUUAAAGAUAAAUAUGCAACAUCAACGCUAUCAAAUACAACUGAAUUAUUGUCACUCAAUAAAUUAGUGACUCAAGUUCAUAUAGGUGAAUUGGAUCAAAAUAAUAUAUUCAUAUUGGUUGGUUCUUAUGAAUCAGAUUUAAGACAUUUUGCAAAAUCAUCAUUGAUUAGAUCUGGUAUUGGUAUGAUUCAUGAUCACACACUAUUUACAGAGGCUGAAAGAUUGCACAUCAUUGAAAAUAGAUUACAAGUUGAUCAGCGAUUAAAAUAUCUAUAUGACAAUGACUCUAUCGAAAUGUUCCCUUAUCAUCAACCGGAUCAAUUAAAAAUAUUAAGAAAACAAUGGUACAAAGGUAGAAUAUUCAAUCUACCAUCAAAUAUUGCAAAUAGGUAUUUUGGUGAAGAAAUAUCUUUUUAUUUUCUAUUCCUAAAUUUCUAUAAUUUUGGAUUAUUUUUAUUAUCAUUAUUUGGUAUUCCAGUAUCAAUCAUUCAAUAUGUAACUGAUCCAUAUAUGAUAUCUGGUGCUUUAUUUGCUGUUUUAAUGUGUAUAUUUUCAUCAUUCUUUUUAGAAGUAUGGAAAAGAUUUCAAUCAAUUUAUGCAUGGAAUUGGCAUUCAAAUGAUUUUAGGGAUGGUGAACAAGCAUUACCUAGUUACAAGACAAGUCAUAACAAGAUUGGUGUCUAUCACAGCGAUAUAUUCCUAACAAAGAAGGAUUUCACAGAGAAUGAAUUGGAAUUGGUUGAACCAUACAUGACUGAUAUUCCAUACAUGUCAAAGAAGAGAUCAAGAACAAAAAGUUUAAAAAUGACAUUUACAUUUACCGUUGUAACGGUUUUAGUGUUGUUGGUUGCCAUGUCAACGAUCGCUAUUUUCUCUCUUCGUAUAGUAUUAAAGGCUAUUCAAGAACAAUUGAUUGGUACUUCGCUGGGCAGUGUUAUCAGUGCAUGCUUUAUUCAACUUUUCAAUUAUGUCUAUCGUAUGCUGGCCUAUUGGUUGACAAGAUACGAAGGUCAUAGAAUACAAAGUACAUUCAAUCAAUCACUCACAGUCAAAUUAUUCCUCUUUCAAUUUGUAAAUACCUUUUCUGGUCUAUUUUAUAUUGGUUUCGUAAAGGAUAAUGUUGAAUUAUGGGGUGACAAGGGAUUAGAAGAUACCUGUAGUUAUAGUAAUAGAUUACCUGGUCUAUGGAAAGGUUGUGUCACCGAUUUGGAAUUUCAAAUAUUCUCAAUCAUCCUCGUCAAUUUCUUUAGUGGUAUAUUUACUGAACUCAUUUUACCAAAAUUAAUAGUUUAUGUAAACAAGAUAAAAGGACAUACAAAGUUUUCAAAAAAAUCCAGUCUACCAUGUGAAGAACAAUUCUAUUUACCAAAGUUUGAUACAUUUGAUGAAUUUAAUGAAAUAAUCAUUCAAUUUGCAUUGAUAUCAAUGUUUGCUGGUGUUCUUCCUUUUUCACCUCUUUUGGCAUUGAUUAAUAAUAUCUUUGAAAAUAAGAUUGAUGCUUAUAAACUUUGUUAUUCACAUAGAAGACCAACAUAUAAAGGAUCAAAUGGUAUUGGACAUUGGUAUAGAUUUUUAGUAUUGAUUGGAGUAUUUUCAGUGAUUACCAAUUCAUUAUUUAUUGGAUUCUCAUUCCCAACGUUAUUGAAAUUCACAAAUGAUCCAUAUACUAUUCUAUGGACUGUUGUCAUAUUGGAACAUAUGAUAUUAAUGUUUAAAUGGGUGGUAUCUGCUCUCAUCCCAGAUCAAACACAUCUAGUUAGAAAGAUGAAAUCGAUUCAUGGAUUUGUAAAGAUUGCCAUCCUCGAUAAAUAUCUAUCAGAUCAUGGACUUGGCAAUAGAAACUCACUCAUCAAUGUUCAAGCUGAAGGUUUUGAAUUUAAUAAUCCUCAUCACAGAGAUGAUCCAAAUCAUGAAGCAACAGGUAAUAUUAUUGCUCAAUUCUUUGAUGCUAAUCCUCCCGAGGAAAAGGAAAAGGAUGAUGAUGAUGAUGAUGAGAAUAUUUCACCAAUUCAUAUUAUAGCAACUACAUUUGGAAAGAUUGAAGGUGCAUUGUAA